UCUUCAAAGUCUUCCUCCUCCUUUCUUAUUUUAACAACCUCAUUCAUCUAGGGUUCUUCCAGAUUUGCAGAUCCAAUCUGGAAAAUGGCGCUCUCCGACGGUGUCGUCAAGAAGGUCCUCCUCUCCUACGCCUACGUGGCCAUCUGGAUCUUCCUCAGCUUCACCGUCAUCGUCUACAACAAGUACAUCCUCGACCGCAAGCUCUACAACUGGCCCUUCCCCAUCUCCCUCACCAUGAUCCACAUGGCCUUCUGCUCCUCCCUCGCCUACCUCCUCGUCAAGGUCCUCAAGCUCGUCGAGCCCGUCUCCAUGUCACGUGACCUCUACCUCCGCUCCGUCGUCCCCAUCGGCGCCCUCUACGCCCUCUCCCUCUGGUUCUCCAACUCCGCAUACAUCUUCCUCUCCGUCUCCUUCAUCCAGAUGCUCAAGGCCCUCAUGCCCGUCGCCGUCUACUCCAUCGGCAUCCUCGUAAAGAAAGACCCCUUCAAGUCCGACACCAUGGUCAACAUGCUCUCCAUCUCCCUCGGCGUCGCCGUCGCCGCCUACGGCGAGGCCAAGUUCAACUCCUGGGGCGUCAGCCUCCAGCUCCUCGCCGUCGUCUUCGAGGCCACCAGGCUCGUCCUGAUCCAGAUCCUCCUCAAUGCCAAGGGAAUCAGCCUGAACCCGAUCACCUCUCUCUACUACGUCGCGCCUUGCUGCUUUGCGUUCCUCUGCAUCCCCUGGAUCGCCGUCGAGUUCCCGGUUCUGAAGGAAACGUCCAGCUUCCAUUUCGAUUUCGUCAUUUUCGGCACCAAUUCGCUCUGUGCGUUCGCGCUGAACCUGGCUGUGUUCUUGCUGGUGGGGAAGACGUCGGCGCUGACGAUGAACGUGGCUGGGGUGGUGAAGGACUGGCUGCUGAUCGCGUUCUCGUGGUCGGUGAUUAAGGAUACUGUGACGCCCAUCAAUCUGAUAGGGUAUCUGAUUGCGUUUUUCGGGGUGGCGUAUUACAAUCAUGCUAAGCUGCAGGCGCUGAAGGCCGCCGAGGCGCAGAAGAAGGCGCACCAGGACAAUGUGGAGGCUGGGAAGCUGUUGGAGGAGAGGGACGAGGAUGGGAAGAAGAACGAGACUCAGGAUUGAGUGAGGUUCGGUUUUUUCUACUAAUGGGUAAGUGGGAACUCCACCAUUGUAAUUGCCACGGAGAGAAUUGAAAUUAGAGGCAAUGGCGAGAACAAUGUAGCAAGUGGGGUGUUUGCUUAUUUAGAAAACUCACUUAGCAGCUUAUUGUUUCUGGGUAAUGUGGUGGUGUUAUAUGUUUUAUGUAUUAUUCUUCAGAUUCAGUCUUGUUUCACUUUUACAGUUGAUAGUUUUCGCAACUUAGAUGUGGUGUCGGAUGUUGAUCUUGGUCGGGGCCUUGUGGCAAUUUAUCAUUGUGAUUAGGAGAGGUUAUAAAUGUUUUGGGAUUCUUAUUGAAUUCAGGUAGAGAACAUGAGCUUGUUGUAUCUUUAUAUUUUCCAUGUGAAUUAUUGUCCCCCAGAGUAUCCUACUUAUGCUGGCGAUUUGAAUUGA